AUGCGGUCUAAGACUCUAAAAAUAUUUCGUCUCGUGCUUGAGAAAACUCGGGGUGCUAAAAAUUCUUCUAUUGAGAUUGAUGCUCCAAGACUCGUGUAUAUGAGUCUUAGAGAUCACCAAUCUGUUAGGAUUGUGGUGAAGAACUUGAGCUCCUUGUUCAUGGUCGAGAUUGAUAGUACACUUACAGUCAGUUCCAGUCCUUUUGAACCAUUGUUUUCAAGGAACAAAGAUGCUAUGAGUAAUGUUUUCGUGGGUAUGUCUGGUGUAUGA